CCCUUCGCUCCCCUUAAACACACCCGGCCGUGUCCCCCGCAGGUGAGCCAGCCCCCGCGGGCCGAGCAGCAGGGCCAGCUGCUGGGCGCCUUCGACGAGAAGGCCUACCUGGCGGGGAAGCAGCUGAAGCCGGGGGACGACCCCUACCGAGAACACGCGUUCAACCUGCAGGAGAGCGACCGGCUGGGCGGCGAGCGAGCCAUCCGGGACACGCGGCACUACAGGUGCGCCUCCGUGAACUACGACGCGGACCUCCCCUCCACCAGCGUCAUCAUCACCUUCCACAACGAGGCGCGCUCCACCCUGCUGCGCACCAUCAAAAGCGUCCUCACGCGAAGCCCGGCCUCGCUCAUCCAGGAGAUCAUCCUCAUAGACGACUUCAGCUCGGAUUCUGAGGACUGCCAGCUGCUCUCUCAGGUCCCCAAGGUGCGCUGCCUGAGGAACGGCAGGAGAGAAGGUCUGAUCCGAUCGCGGGUGCGCGGAGCCAACGCGGCCUCGGCCUCCAUCUUGACCUUCUGGGACAGCCACUGCGAGGUCAACGCCGAUUGGCUGCAGCCGAUGAUCCAGCGGGUCAAGAAGGACCACACGCGGGUGGUCAGCCCCAUCAUUGAUGUCAUCAGCCUGGACAACUUCGCCUAUUUGGCUGCUUCUGCUGACUUGAGAGGAGGAUUUGACUGGAGUCUCCAUUUCAAAUGGGAGCAGAUCCCCAUCGAGCAGAAAAUGGCGAGGAGCGACCCCACGCUGGCCAUCAGGACCCCCGUCAUCGCCGGCGGGAUCUUCGUCAUGGACAAGAGCUGGUUCAACCACCUGGGCCAGUACGACACCCACAUGGACAUCUGGGGGGGGGAGAACUUCGAGGUCUCCUUCCGGGUGUGGAUGUGCGGAGGAAGCCUGGAGAUCCUCCCCUGCAGCCGCGUGGGUCACGUGUUCAGGAAGCGCCACCCGUACGAUUUCCCAGAAGGCAACGCGCUCACCUACAUCAAGAACACGCGGCGGGCCGCCGAGGUGUGGAUGGACGAGUACAAGCAGUACUACUACUCGGCUCGGCCCUCGGCGCAGGGCAAAGCCUUCGGCAGCAUCUCAGACCGGCUGACUCUGCGGCGGAAGUUGAACUGCAAACCGUUCCGCUGGUACAUGGAGAACGUGUAUCCCGAGCUGAGGGUCCCCGAGCAGGAGGCGGUGUCCAGUGUGCUGAGACAAGGCGGCCUGUGCCUGGAGACGCGGGGGACGGACGCCCUCGGGCUGGCGGAGUGCAGAGGCAUCGGAUCCAUCAGGCCGCAGGCGCAGAGAUGGGAACUAAUCGAACCACUGCUCCGGCAGCAGGACCUCUGCCUGGCCAUUUCGGCCUUCACGGCGGGGUCAAAGGUCAAGAUGGACACCUGCAGCGCAAAAGAGCCCAGACAGAAGUGGAAGCCUAAAGGCACGGCGCUGCAGCACGUGGUCAGCGGCCUCUGUCUGGACAGCCAGACCCCGACGGGCCCUCUGGUCGUCACGCAGUGUCGCCCCCAGAUGGCCAGCCAGUCCUGGGAGCCGCAAAUAAUCACCUGAGCCGCGGCUGGCGGGGGAGUGAAGGGGGGAGGAGGGAGCGUGGCGCCCGUACCGUUCGGGUGCGACGCGAAGGGUCCUGGUUACGUUAAAGCUUCUCACUGGAAACUGUCGCUUAUCACGCGUUUUCCUUUCCUUUCCGUCCCGGUCAGCAGUCUGCUUGUAUUUCGUGGAGUAGUGAGGAGGGAGAGCGUUCCUCUGGAGGCCGCGUGGACCAGGGCAGCUUUUUGUGUAGCCAAGUAAGUCUGAGAGCUUUGUUUCAGAGCGCUCCAUGCAAAGCACUGUGAGGAACAUUAUUUAUUGUUUUGCAUGGUCAGACCCAAAGAAUGUUUCUUUUUUUCUUUUCUGUCUCUCUACAAUGUUAAUUGUAAAUAUUUGAAGCAGAUAAGUUUUUUUUUUGUGUCAAGUGCUCUAUAUGUUGUUUGAAAAAUAAAAUGUGGUAAGAAAAGAA